GAUGACUGUGGCCAAUUCCCUUACAAUGCAAAUACUCAGAUACACUGGGUGUCUUUCCUGGAUGGACGCCAACGAGUGCUGCUUUUCACAGAUGAUGUUGCAUUAGUUUCUAAAGCACGACAAGCAGAGGAGCUGGAACAACCUGAUCAAGAAAUAAACUUGUCAAUCCAUAGUCUUGGACUUUCUCUUGUUAACAAUGAAAAUAAAAAAGAAAUCUCUUAUAUAGGAAUUACUAGUUCUGGUGUUGUUUGGGAACUGAAACCAAGGCAAAAGUGGAAGCCAUUUAAUCAGAAGCAAAUAAACCUGUUGGAACAAGCUUAUCAAAAGUAUCUUUGUAAGAGUGCUUUCCAGGCUCCAGGUUGGCAUAAACUAGACAGUGAUACUGAGGUGAAUUUCAGUAAAUUUCCAAUGGAAAUGCGUCUUCCAGUCAGAUGCAGCAUCCGACGCAACUUCCUGUCAGGAAUUCAGGUGGAAUUCAAACAGUCGCCUCACCAAAGAAGCUUACGGGCUCAGUUGUAUUGGCUGCAGGUUGAUAAUCAAUUACCAGGAUCAAUGUUUCCUGUUGUAUUUCACCCUGUAGCCCCUCCCAAGUCGAUUGCUUUGGAUUCAGAACCAAAACCCUUCAUUGACAUCAGUGUCAUCACUAGAUUCAACGAAUACAGCAAAGUGCUGCAAUUCAAAUACUUCAUGGUUCUCAUCCAGGAAAUGGCACUGAAAAUCGAUCAAGGGUUUUUAGGAGCACUUAGUGAACUUUUCACUCCAUCUACAGACCCGGAAGCUGAAAGACAAAGGUCUAAAUUAAUCCAGCAAGAUGUAGAUGCACUUAACACUGAGCUAAUGGAGUCUUCCCUAACAGACCUGUCAAUGCUCAGCUUCUUUGAGCAUUUCCAUAUUUCUCCAAUUAAGUUACAUUUGAGUCUGUCUCUGACUUCUGGUGAAGAAGCAUCAGAUAAGGGAGAAGACAUGAUAGCCAUCCAUUCUCUGAAUUUGCUGUUGAAAAGUAUUGGAGCUACUCUAACAGAUGUGGAUGAUCUUAUUUUCAAACUUGCUUUCUUUGAAAUUAAGUAUCAGUUCUACAAGAGAGAUCAACUGAUGAAGAGAGUUGUUAGACAUUAUAGUGAACAACUCCUGAAACAGAUGUAUGUUCUUAUACUUGGGUUAGAUGUUCUUGGAAAUCCUUUUGGCUUAAUCAGAGGCUUGUCUGAGGGAGUUGAAGCUUUCUUCUAUGAGCCGUUCCAGGGUGCUGUUCAGGGACCUGAAGAAUUUGCUGAAGGGUUUGUAAUUGGUGUUAGAAGUCUUCUUGGACACACUGUGGGUGGUGCAGCAGGGGUGGUGUCUAGAAUCGCUGGUUCUGUUGGAAAGGGCUUGGCUGCUAUUACUAUGGAUAAAGAAUUUCAGCAGAAACGAAGAGAGGAAAUGGGUCGACAGCCAAAAGACUUUGGUGACAGCCUGGCCAAAGGAGGAAAAGGCUUGUUACGGGGUGUCGUUGGUGGUGUGACAGGCAUAAUCACUAAACCUGUAGAAGGGGCUAAAAAAGAAGGUGCAGCUGGAUUCUUUAAAGGAAUCGGAAAGGGGCUUGUAGGAGUGGUAGCCCGCCCAACAGGGGGCAUCGUAGAUAUGGCAAGCAGUACCUUCCAGGGAAUUCAAAGGGUGGCGGAAUCAACUGAAGAAGUGUCUAAUCUCCGUCCUCCACGUUUCAUUCAUGAAGAUGGCAUCAUCCGGCCGUACGACAGGGUGGAAGCUGAGGGUUAUGAUUUAUUUGAG